AUGGCUACGAAAACCGAUCGCGCUGCCUUCGAGGCGGUCUUCACUGAACUCGCCCAGGACAUACUGGACCAUGCGAAGAAAUACAAUCUCCCCGACAAUGCCAUGCAGUGGCUUGAGAAGGCCCUCAAUGUCAAUGUCCCCGGCGGAAAGCUCAACCGCGGUCUCUCCGUUCCCGACACCGGUCUUGCGCUCCUGAAGAAGCCCCUGACCGAUGAACAAUUCAAGCACCUCAGCAUGCUGGGGUGGCUCACCGAGCUGCUGCAGGCAUUCUUCCUCGUCAGCGACGACAUCAUGGAUAGUUCCAUCACGCGUCGCGGUCAGCCCUGCUGGUACCGCCAGCCGGGAGUCGGUCUUAUCGCCAUCAACGACGCCUUCAUGCUCGAGUCCGGCAUCUAUCUGAUCCUCAAAAAGUACUUCCGCUCCCACCCGGCUUACGUGGAUCUCAUUGAGCUGUUCCAUGAGACCACCUGGCAGACCGAGCUCGGUCAGCUCUGCGACCUGAUCACCGCCCCCGAGGACAACGUCAACCUCGACAACUUCUCCAUGGAGAAGUACAUGUUCAUCGUCACCUACAAGACCGCCUACUACAGCUUCUACCUGCCCGUGGCGCUCGCCCUGCACUACCUUCAGCUCGCUACGCCGCAGAACCUCCAGCAGGCGCACGACAUCCUCAUCCCGCUGGGCCAGUACUUCCAGGUGCAGGAUGACUACCUGGAUGCCUACGGUGACCCGGCCGUCAUCGGCAAGAUCGGUACCGACAUCCAGGACAACAAGUGCUCGUGGAUGGUGAACCAGGCGCUGCAGCGCUGCAGCGCUGAACAGCGCCAGGUCCUCGAUGCCGCUUACGGCCGCAAGGACAACGAGCUGGAGGCCAAGGUCAAGGCGGUCUACCGCGAACUGGAUCUGGAGAAGGUGUACCACGAGUACGAGGAGAAGACAGUCGGGGAGAUCCGCAGCAAGAUUGCGGCCAUCAACGAGGCCGAGGGUCUGAAGAAGGAGGUCUUUGAGGCCUUUCUGGGCAAGAUCUACAAGCGUUCCAAGUAA